GACUUCAUCAUGUCUUGUAGCAUCAGGGAGCGUAGAUCGAGCAUGAUCAUCCUCUUCGGAGGGACUUCAGGGUGCGGCAAGUCGACGCUCGCAUCCCUCACGGCCAGCAGGCUGGGGAUCACGACCGUCUUGUCUACCGACUUCAUUAGGCACAUGCUGCGCAGAGAGGUCAGCAAGGAAGACUCUCCUAUCCUCUACGCGAGCACCUACAACGCUGGCGAGUCACUCGAAGAAGAGGUGAAGUCUUCCCUUCAGGAUCCCAAGGAUCUCGUUCUCCGAGGGUACUCGGAGCAGAGUCGCCUUGUCUUCGACCGGCUGGAGAGCGUCAUCGCCGUCUACGAGGCCAGGAGGGAGCCGCUCAUCGUGGAGGGGGUUCACCUGACCAUGGAGAACAUCGCAGCGCUCAUGGAGAAGCACCCGUCCUGCAUCCCCUUCCUCAUCUACAUCUCCAACGACGUCAAGCACCGAGAGAGAUUCGCGGUCAGGGCCAAGUACAUGGCGCUCGACUCGCGGUCCAACCGCUACAUCAAGUUCUUCGAGAACAUCAGGUGCAUCCAGACGGCACUGAGCGAGGGAGCGGACCGGUACCUGAUCCCAAAGAUCGACAACACCAACGUCGAUCGGUCCCUGGCCACCAUCCAUGCCAUCGUGAUCAAGUGCCUGCGGAAGCACUUCAAGGGGAAAGUCUUGUGGGAUGCCGGAGAGAAGAAGGUUCAGGUGAUGCACGAGGCCAUUCAGCACCACCUGGAGGACGCCUGGUCCUCCAAG